AUGGAUUUAGAAAAAGAAAAAUUAUCCUCAUGUUGAUCAAUCAAAUCGCUAGGUAAUAGGCAGUUCUCGCAAAGAAAUAGCAGGCAUAUUCUAAAAUCUCCGAAACUAAAGAGGCCAAACUCAUGCUUGAGGGGAGGCAAAGAAAAGCUUAAUUGUUUAAAUACAAAAGAAAAGCCAUUCAUUGGCAUCGGGUUCGAAAAUUUUGUAUCAUCUAUUAUAUUAGAAAGUGCAAAAAACGAGAAGACACGCAAAAGGAGACACCACUCUUAUAGAGAAUGCUCGUUUAUUGUCAAUCAAAAAAAUGAUGAUGAAGUUCCGUUGAGAUCUUUGAGAAAAGAUCGCUAUAUAAUAAAGCUGCAAAAAGAAAAAUCCAAUGAAGCUCAGGGAAAAGCUUUUACGAAAUCACUCCUAUCUAUAAAAAUCAGGUCUCAUAGAAUUUUAGAUGAAGCAAACUCUUUCUUUAAGAAAGACUCAAAUUUCCCAAAACUGAUAUAA